AUGGGAGCGAAGACCACUGCUGGGGAUGUGAAUGGCAAAUCCAACGAGAUGAAGAGCCUGGCGGUGUCGUACAUGGGCGUUCCUCUGCACUUCCUGGCGUCGUUGGUCUGGGCCGCCGUGUCCCGCUUGCUGACGAUGUUCCGCCCACGCGAGCAGACGGGGGCGGGCUUCAACAAACCGGUGUCUCCUGCACCCCAACAGCCGUUAGUGCGCCUCAACAACCUUCCACAGAGCGAGGAGUACUUCAUCAAUGAGCGAGGGCGCGUCAUCCACUUCAGAUCGUACCUGCCGCAGUCUGCCGAUGAGAUCAAGGCCGUUGUGCUCUUCUCCCACGGCUAUGGCGCGCACUGCAAUUCCCCUCGAAAGCACCAGAUGGGCAUGUCCAUGCCGGAGAAGGGGCUGUGCAUGUACCAGAUGGACCUGGAGGGGCACGGCUACUCCGGGGGUGAGCGCGCGUACAUCGAGGACUACAACCACUGGGUGGACGACUACCGGCAGUUGCUAGAGCUCGUGGCGGGGGAUAGAAUAGACACCUCACGCGGCGGCCCAUCGCGAGCUGGAGACGAAGCGGCGGGGGUCGUGCCGCAUGUUUUGACGGCCACGGCGGCCCAACGGAAACGACUCCAAGAGGUGCCGUUUUUUGUUGCCGGAGAGUCGCUUGGCGGUGCGCUGAGCAUCCUCCUGGGCCUGUCCCUCCAUGAGUCCAACCACUCCUUGCUCCCUCGGUUCAAGGGUCAGGUCUUGCUGGCGCCCGCCAUCAAGGGAAACCCUCCCCCGGCGAUGCUGGUGGCGGCGUUGAGGCACUUGGUCGUGCCUCUUGUGCCGCGUUGGCAGAUACCUUCAUGCCUCGAGUCAGUGAACCGACCGGAGAUGUGCGUCCUGGAGGUCGACGAGCGCCGGCACGCUAACCAUGACGUCCUUGGGUACCCAGGGGGCCUCGGGUGGGGGGGCAACAUGCGGUUCCGCACGGGGCUCAACCUGAUCGACCUCACCGCGGAGGUGUCACGGAGGUUGGAGCACGUCAAGUUCCCUUUCCUGAUCAUGCACGACCCAGAAGACAGCAUCGUCCGGUUCGAUUCAUCCAAGGAGCUAACGUACAGAGCCAGCACGCCUCACGGGUCUCCACGGGGACGUGAACUUCGUCCGAUGAAAGGCUGGUUGCACUGCCUCCUGACGAACUGUCCCGAGAUCGCCAUCCAGCAUCUUCAGGACUGGGUCCUGUACCAGACCCACCUGUGCGACGGAGGCAGCGGUUCACAGCGGCCGGAAACGCCGAGCACGGUGGGUGGGGGGGGGUUCAGCAGGAGAGGGUGCGUCACGAAGAGAGGGGGGGCGGCCCGAAAGUCGGUGACAGGCGUUGGUGGCAUUCCUGACGCCAAGGCUGCUGCUGCGGCCGCCGCCGCGCCUGAAACCGGCGCUGGUAGCUCUCUGGGAUCCGAUGCCGCCGAGGAGCCGCGAGAGGGGCUGGGGGCCUCCGGAUCUGUGACUUCCGGAGGUGGGGAUAAGGCCGGCGGCGGCGGCGGUAGCGGCGGUGCGCGUGGGUAUGGAGGCGACCGCUGCGGCGCGACGAAGAACAUGCGUGUCCCUGCCAGCGGUAGCGCUGCCUCCACCCCUCCGGCAGGCAGCACCUUGCUGGAGUUCUUCCCGAAGACAGCGGUCGCCGUUGCUGCCGCAGCGGGAACAGAAGUGGCUGCUGUCGUGGGGGGGGACGGCACCGAUGUCAGCGCGCUAAUAGGAGCCGUCGACCGCGCGACCCCAACGCGGCAACCGGUGUCACCAUCUUCGGUGACGGAUCUCAUGUGCGUCGAGGUGGACCGAAAGAGUGCCGGGGAAGGCGCGCGAGGGGGCCCCGUCGUUUCAGAUGCCGGGGCGAGCAUGGGGGACGAGCCGGAGCCUUCUCGCCGUGUUGAGGGCGAUCUCCACAUCGAAAGCCCUUCAAAGGUGGCGGGCAGCCUGCGUUGAAGCGGCGGAGGGGGCAACAGUGGCGCGACGAAGCUGGGCGUAGCGGAUGACAACUCUUCCUGAAGCUCUCUCGAAGGGGACUACUAUAGGCUUCCUUCGCCACCGCCAUUGCCUCGUCGAAUGUAGCGGGUUCGACGUGGGUAGCUUUCUCGUUUGUUGUGACACUUGCGGGGUGGGGGUUGUGCACUCGUUUGUGGUGAUAUUCGUCGAAUAAAGGGGGGGUGGUAUCUUGCGCAACCUACGAUACUUCACGGUAGCGUCGAACCUCUCUCGGCCAAAACGAGGCACAUCUACGCAAGCUCGUGUCUUGAAGCAACCUCUCGCAAGCCUGCAGAGCGAGCAGAGGCUAUCGUGAUGGAAACGCAUGCCUCUUUGUUGCCAUGCUUCCGAUAUCUUGCGCAAAGCGACGGUCUGCGUCGCCCAUUCUUCGAGCGGGGCCGGCUGCCUGCCUGCCGGUGGCGCUCAUGUGUGGGUGACGGACCAGGCGUAACGGGAGGGGUCAGGUAUCUUUGGUUUCGAUACUGGACUGCAUUUUCAGGAUUUGGGGACAACGGAAAUGCGGUCGUGCGCGUUUGACCCCCCAGCCAUAGCAUUAUGUAGGGUUCUAGGGGUGCGCCCCCUGUGCAAUAGGAUGAUUGUACAUGACUAGUCAGCCGCUUCUGAAGGUCCGGGCAGGUAUCUCAAUGUCGCUUGAACAAGGGGAUCGCAUUCUAAGCGCAAUUUCGAAACACGACGCUGGGUGGAACAGACAGGGGAUUCGAGCUUUAGAUGGUGGUGUGUGAGUUUCUCGCAAGCUAAAGGUAGAAAGAGAGACCUGUAUAUUCUAGCCCUGUAAGGAACAUGGUGGUGUAGAUUGUGAUGGUGGUUUUGGUGUGCCAAGCGGGUGUUUUUUUCCGGUUGUUGGAGUGGUGGGAGUGUGCAGUGGGACACGCAGAUAGGGAACCGCAAGCUCUGCUUGCGGCAGCUGCAACGGUCGAUCGGUAGGGAGCACUUGUCUGUGAGCUGUGGUUGUUUCAUCGGAAAGCCUUUGUAAAUACUUCACGAAAGGGUUAGAAGUCGCGUUUGCUUGGACCGGCAAAAUGCCGGAUAGGUACGCAUGUGCCCAGUGAACCAGGGUGUGGGGCUGUCCAUGUUGUAUGUCUUCAAGUCGGUUCUGUUGAGCGCGGUGACUGUUGUAUCCAUCCAUCAUCCCCGUUAGGCAAGGCAUGACGACAGUGGAGUGGAUGCUGCCCAUAUCGUAACACCUUCUAGAACUUUGUUGGGUUUCUCGCAAACGUUUAGCGCGCUUGUGUCGAGAACUAUGGCGUGGGUGAAGCCUAGAGAGAGAAGAAAAUAUUAUACCUCAAAUUUGUAGGCGGGAUCGGACGUAUCCUGAGCCCCGUGUCGCCGAACAUCGGACAUGUCAAUCGA